CGGGUCUGCUCUGCUCGCUGGUGCCCUCAUUCCCUCUGAGGUGCGUUGAUGAAUUAAUAUUAAUGCGGUUGUCGGCUGCUACCUGAUAUCUUACAUCAUCCACAUAAACAAGAUUAGCGAGUGACUUCCCCAGCCGGUGAUACGUUCCCCCGCGGUAGCACCCCUCAGUGUGUGCGUGCGUGUGUGUGCGGCAACAACCCAGCGUCUCGUACCACACCAGCAGUCGUCUCUGCCUGUCCGACUAUACCUUGCAAGCCCCAGCGAACAAGCACAUCUCUUUUUAUCGAAUUUGAGAGACUCCACGUCCCGCCGGACGAGUCGUCACCAUGGACGAGCUCAUCGCUUCCGUCCACCGGAAGAUCGACCGCGAGAAGGCUCUCAUCGCAGCCGCAACCAAUAUGAGACAGUCGACCGAUAACCCGAUGGUGCAGCAAGGAGUCGAUGCCAACAUCCGCGACGGCCGCAAGAACAUCGCGUACCUGGAGGAGAAGAUGAGAGAACUGCAGAUCCGGAAGAGCGGGGGCGCCAGCUCAGGGCCACCUCAAUUACCACCGCUGGGAGGAAACGGUGAACAGUUUGGCUUUGGUGGGAGCCCUGAUGCUCCGGCGCCGCCUCCCAAAGACUUUGGCGAUACAGGCGAGUACGGGGAUGUGGGCCCAGGAGGCUACAGUCAAGGAGGUACAGGCACGAUGCCAUCGCACGCUCCCUUUGCCGACCCUCGACCAUAUGGUGCUAUCCCCAAGGCUCGUCCAAACUACAGCAAACUUGAUCUGAUCAAGUACGAUACGCCUUAUCUCGGCCCAAAGAUCCAACUCAUGCUCUCACAGCUCGAAUUCAAACUCAGCGUGGAAAAACAAUACAAGGCUGGGAUUGAAAAGAUGGUCCGUCUAUAUCAAGAUGAAGGCGAUAGAAAGAGCCGUGCCGAUGCCGAAGGACGUCGCAUUGAAAGCAACCAGAAAAUCCAGUUGCUAAAGCAGUCUUUGAAAAGAUACGAGGAUCUACAUGUUGACAUCGAGAGCUCGGCGGAUAACGCCGAUGACGAUAGUAUUAAUGCUCCCAAUAUGCGCAAGCCUCUCACUGGUCAUUUGACUAUGCGGGUGCAUGCAGUCAGAGAUGUCGACCACGCAGCGAGUUCUCGGUUCUCACGCGGUCCAGAAACCUACGUCAUCCUCAAGGUCGAAGAUGCCAUUAAAGCACGCACAAAGGCCACUCGAACCGAUAGAUGGACGGAAGAAAUGUUCAGCGUCGAUAUUGAUAAAGCAAAUGAGAUUGAACUUACCGUUUACGAUAAAUCUGGGGACCGCCCCACCCCAAUUGGAAUGCUUUGGAUUCGCAUCUCGGAUAUCGCUGAAGAAAUGCGAAGGAAAAAGAUUGAAUCCGAACUCGCUUCGAAUGGCUGGGUUUCGGCAGAUAAGAUGGCCCAAGGCGGACCUGGAAGACAAGACGGGAACUCACAAAUAGGUGGAUCUGGUGGACAGCGUCCAGGCACGCAAGGUCAGUCACAUGGAGGCGCCGCAGGUGCUGAAGGCGGUGGUAAUUCCGUGAUGAUUGAUUCAUGGUUUGCAUUGGAGCCCGUGGGUAGGAUACAUCUGACGAUGAGCUUCGCCAAACAAUUGAAAGAUCGCCGACCGAUUGAUCUUGGUUUGAACCGACAGGGUGCAGUUCGUCAAAGGAAAGAAGAGGUGCACGAGAAACAGGGGCACAAGUUCGUUACGCAGCAAUUCUACAAUAUUAUGCGUUGUGCUCUUUGUGGAGAUUUUUUAAAGUACGCUGCUGGCAUGCAGUGCGAGGACUGCAAGUACACAUGUCAUCGCAAGUGUUAUCCAAAGGUUGUCACGAAGUGUAUCAGCAAAGCCAACUAUGAGACCGACCCGGACGAGGAGAAAAUCAAACACCGCAUUCCUCAUCGCUUCGAAAACUUUGCCAAUAUUUCAGCCAACUGGUGCUGCCACUGUGGAUCUUUGCUACCUUUUGGCCGUAAAAACGCGAAGAAGUGCACAGAAUGCAGUCUCACUUGCCAUACCGACUGUGCGCAUUUGGUUCCAGACUUCUGUGGUAUGUCCAUGGAAGCAGCCAACGAGAUUAUCAAGGCUAUGAUCCGCCAGAAGGGUCAAACCUAUAGUAAACCACUUACGGCCUCCGAUCUAAGUAAUAGGAACCUGAGGGAUAAUGCCCCUCCUACAACUCCGUCAAAACAACUGGAGUAUUCGAGCCCAUCAACCGAGGCUAUCAGCGCUGCAAGUACUUCUUACCCGCCACCUCAGUCGCCAACCAGUGGCAGAUCGCAUCCGCCGCGAACAUCAUCUAUUGAAGCACAAAAGGCUGCUGAAGCCGCGAUUAGUAUGCGUCCGCCAUACCAAGCACCUCCAGAAUCUCGACCCGCUCAACCACCGCAACCUCCUCAUCAGCCCUACGACCCUUCUGCCUUUUCGAAUUUCCUUCAAGGACCUCCUGCUACCACUCCAGUCCAAAAGUCAUACCAGAUACCCCCUCCUCCUCCACAAGCUCAAGCACCUCUGUCUCAAGCAGUUGUGGCUCAGCCGCCUCUUGUGAAAGAGCCCCCCUCAACAGGAAGGGGCCCAAGAAUUGGACUGGAUCACUUCAACUUCUUGGCUGUUCUAGGAAAAGGUAACUUUGGUAAGGUUAUGCUUGCCGAGGCAAAAUCAAGCAAGAAACUUUAUGCUAUCAAAGUUCUGAAGAAGGAGUUCAUCAUCGAGAAUGAUGAGGUUGAAAGUACCAAAUCUGAGAAGCGGGUUUUCCUCAUCGCUAAUAAGGAGCGCCACCCGUUCCUUUUGAAUCUGCACGCUUGUUUCCAGACGGAAACUCGUGUGUACUUCGUCAUGAAGUACAUCAGUGGUGGUGAUUUGAUGUUACAUAUCCAACGCGGCCAGUUUGGUCUCAAGCGCGCACAAUUCUACGCUGCUGAAGUUUGUUUAGCGCUCAAAUACUUCCACGAGAACGGAGUCAUCUAUCGAGAUUUGAAGCUUGACAACAUUCUUUUGACAUUAGACGGUCAUAUUAAGAUUGCUGACUACGGUCUAUGUAAGGAAGAAAUGUGGUAUGGAUGCACAACCGGCACAUUCUGUGGUACCCCUGAAUUCAUGGCACCGGAGAUUCUUCUCGAUAAGAAAUACGGCCGAGCAGUUGAUUGGUGGGCAUUCGGUGUGCUGAUUUACCAAAUGCUUCUCCAGCAGUCGCCUUUCCGUGGAGAAGAUGAAGACGAAAUAUAUGAUGCCAUUCUUGCCGACGAACCUUUGUACCCAAUUCACAUGCCUCGCGACUCGGUUUCCAUCUUGCAGAAAUUACUGACUCGUGAACCUGAACUGCGUCUGGGAUCGGGGCCUACUGAUGCCCAAGAAAUCAUGUCACACGCAUUUUUCCGAAAUAUUAACUGGGACGAUGUCUACCAUAAACGAGUCACGCCACCCUUCCUUCCAACGAUUCAGAGCGAAACCGAUACCAGCAAUUUCGACCAGGAAUUCACCAGCGUUACUCCUGUUCUUACCCCUGUACAGUCUGGUAAGUUUCGAAUACUGAAUAAUUUAUAAUAAAAUUUCUACUAACUUUUAUAUUUUAGUUCUCUCCCAGGCUAUGCAGGAACAGUUCCGUGGUUUCUCAUACACUGCCGACUUUGAUUAGUUUAUUCUUUUCCAUUCUUCCAUUUCUUUUUGCGUAUGAUGCAAAUGAGUUGACGGUGUAAUGUGCUAUCUUUCUACGCUCGUGAGUGCCUCAAAAAAUGGGGGUUUUAAUAAAAUGAUGAUGUGAUUUUAUAUGCUUUUUUGGGGUAUAAUUAAAUCUUUUUAUAUAUCUUUCAAGAUGAUUGUUUCUGUGAGAUUCUUAAUCAAUAUUUAGAAUUCAUGAGGAGAAUGUGGCUUAUUUUAAGCAUAACUAACCCAAGUCCUCUUUAAUUUCACUAAUAACUCUACACCUACUCAACUUUUGAUUCCACUAAAUUACGAGACGCAGCUAUACCCCGUACGACUUUCACAACAGCAACGAUGGAUUGGAAUUAUCUACUAUGUAAUUGACGUUGCCUUUCACAGA